GUUCUCAUUUUCUAAUAGUCGAAGAAGAAUAUAAUAAAGAAGUUAUUAUUUCAUAUUUUAUAAUUUUAUAAGAAAACCUUGUCUGAAUACAUUAAAUUUUCUAAAUCAGGACAAGAUACAGGCAAAAAAAAACAUGGGAGGAGUUUUGAGUUAUUUUCGUGGUUUAUUGGGAUCACGAGAAAUGCGUAUUCUAAUACUGGGACUUGAUGGGGCUGGCAAAACAACGAUUUUAUACCGUUUGCAAGUAGGUGAAGUUGUUACCACAAUCCCCACCAUUGGAUUCAACGUGGAGCAAGUUACAUAUAAAAACUUAAAAUUCCAAGUAUGGGAUUUGGGAGGACAAACAAGUAUACGACCAUACUGGCGUUGUUAUUAUAGUAAUACAGAUGCUAUCAUAUAUGUAGUAGACUCAGCAGAUCGUGAUAGAAUAGGCAUUUCCAAAGACGAACUAUUGUAUAUGUUAAGGGAGGAAGAACUUGCCGGUGCCGUAUUGGUAGUUUUAGCCAACAAACAGGAUAUGGAAGGCUGUAUGACAGUGGCGGAGGUUCAUCAUGCUUUAGGUUUGGAAAACCUGAAGAAUCGGACUUUCCAAAUAUUCAAGACGUCAGCGACCAAAGGCGAAGGGCUUGACCAGGCCAUGGAUUGGCUUUCCAAUACCUUGCAAAGCCGCAAAUAGUCUUAUCUAAAUUUGUAACAAAAAAUUAUUCUUGAGAUAAACAAAAUAUUUCAAUUCUUUUGUUUUUAAACUUCGCUCUUUCAAUGAAAAGCGAGGAAAACGCAUUUCACUUAUAAUUUUGACCUGUACCCCUAUCUUCGCCCCCUUUACCACAAACAAAACAAUCGAGUCUUUUAUGAUGUUGGUUUACAGAUACUUUUUAAGUUAUAACAAAAAGAUAAACUAGUAUAUGCAAUUAAAUUAUCAUGGUGAUUAAAAACGAAACUUUGUAACACAACAAAAAAUUAUUUAUAGAACGAACACUGGGUUUUUCUUUAAAUUAUUUGAGUGUUUUAUUCUUUCUCAAUAUCAGUCACCCCAUCACCCGUCAACAAUAUUUAGGGCAUAUUUCUGUAAUCAUAAAGUAUUCAAUAGAUUUUUUGUAUGUUACAUUUAGUAAAACGAGUAUAAUAAAUUAAAUAUAGAGAAUAUUAAAAUGUGGAAUAUUAAUAGGA